GAGGGUGGAGAGAAGUGUCACCCCGACGCUAGGUUUGGUGGACGAUCCCGGAAGGAGAGGGAGUGGUUCUGGAAGAGGGACUAGCUGUCCAGGACUAACGUAGCCAAUCUUAAUUUUUUUUUUUUUUUUUUUACAGCUCGCAAAGCUCUUUCUUGUUUAAUCGUCACAGUAGGCGUGGUGUAGUAGGCCCUUGAUUCUCGGACAAAGAAACCAGGCCCAGAAAAGUUGUGGUUGACUGAAGGUCACGCAGUUAGCACUGGAAAAAGACUGAUUCGGGCCUUACAGAAAGAUGGAAAACAGCAAGGGAGGGGAAACACCCAUAACGGGGAGAGGGUCUGCCCGAGUGAAAGGUGGUCUCAAGUAGAAUGGUACCAUUCUGGGUUAGGAGGACUAAGGAUUGCCUAAAGCCGGAAGUGCAAAGCAUUCUGGAGAAGGGAAGAUCUGUAACGCCAUAUCUUGAAUUUCCUCAAACGCUGAGUUUUUCCUGCUCCCGGCCAGCUUGGGAGAGGAAUUCCCAGUCUCCAGCCACCACCCUCUCCCUUGAUCUUGAGGAAGGUGGAGCGGGAAGGCUUCCUUAACCUGGGGAGAGAGAAUCGCUGAAAGACGAAAAGAACAGAGGAACUGGGAGCCUAAGGCAGGAGGACCACUGGAAGUUCAAGGCCAGUCUGGGCUACGUAGUGAGACUGUUUCAAAAUGAAGGAAGGAAGGGAGAGAGACAGAAGAGAAGAUGAUAGGUCCUGUGAAGACAAGUGGUUCGUGUCUCCAUCGUAGAGUCCCACUGUUGGGCAAAGUAGAGCAGCUCAGUGCCAUAGCCAAGUGGUACUGCCCAGCGUUACAUCUCUGAGGCACAGCUGAGUGUUACAGCUAAGUGUUACAGCUCUGGGUCACGGCUAUCAAAAUCUGAAGACUCGAGAAUCCGAUGGUCACUUGAAAAGGUGGAGAAAAAACUUUAGUAAGCCAGCAAGCUCAAAAGAGUUCAUACUGAAUAGUCUGAGCUCCCUACCAGAAAUGAGAGCCUCCUUAUGUAAGGAUCUACAGGGACCAUGGCCAACAGUGAGCGGACCUUCAUCGCCAUCAAGCCUGAUGGCGUCCAGCGGGGACUUGUAGGAGACAUCAUCAAGCGCUUUGAGCAGAAGGGAUUCCGCCUUGUUGCUUUGAAACUUAUGCAGGCCUCAGAGGACCUGCUCAAGGAGCACUACGUCGACCUGAAGGAGCGUCCCUUCUUCCCCGGCCUGGUGCAGUACAUGCACUCGGGGCCCAUGGUUGCCAUGGUCUGGGAGGGGCUGAACGUGGUGAAGACGGGCCGCGUGAUGCUGGGCGAGACCAACCCUGCCGACUCCAAGCCGGGCACCAUCCGCGGGGACUUCUGCAUCCAAGUCGGCAGGAACAUCAUCCACGGCAGUGACUCGGUGGAGAGCGCACAGAAGGAGAUCGGCCUGUGGUUCCAGCCAGAGGAGCUGGUGGACUACAGGAGCUGCGCCCAGGACUGGAUCUACGAGUGACCGAGGGCCGGGCAAAGACCAGACCAGCAGACCCAGCCGCCUCAGCGCGUCCCUGCCACCCAGAGGGCAGCCUGAGCUGUGUGUGCGCCACUCCUGCCCCAGUGUCACGUCCCCCAGUGGAGUGAAGGGCAAGCUGUCAUCUCCACGAGGAUCAGCCGAGUCUGGCACGCAGCCCCUCUCCCCACCCCUGCAUUUUACCCUCCUGCCACGGAGCCCGGGACAAACAUCUAUGGCGGCUCUGCUAGGUUGUCAGGACUCUACACAGUGUAGAGGGUUCCUCAGAAAUGAAAGAUACUCAUCCUUUUCUUU